UUGGAUGGAGAGGGGACAUGUGGAUUUUCCCAUGCGCACUGCGGAGAGCCCACCCUAAGUGGGUUUGAAUGAAUGGGCUCGUCUGUGUGUGUGUGAGUGUGUGAGAGAGUGUGUGUGGCGCUGAACUGGGUCAUGCGGACUGCUGGAGGAGCGAAAGAUAAACACGCACCCGCCUCCCGCUGCUGCUGCUGCUGCUUGGCAGGUUGAGAUGGUGGGCGCUCAGAGGAGGGAUCCCAGCCUGUGUCCUCGACUCAGCACCAGAUGAUGGUGAUGAUGCUUUUUUUGAUUCAUUCCGCCUCCGAAGACACAAGUCAUCUUUUGUGGAGCUUCUCCACGAACUAAACCGGACAGGAGUCACCCGAGGCGGGCUACAGCCAAAGCGCAGCGAAGCACCGGACCUUCAGCCGUGCGGGCUUGGUCAGCCGUGAAAGUGCGAGGUGUUUGUUUUUGUUUUUCUUCUGUUUUAUUUUUUUUAUGGAGGACAUGCACAGUUUCCUCAGGUAACUUCCUUCGAACCGGGAGAUUCAUCCAGCAGAUCCUCUCAGAGCCCCGUGGAGGAUCAGUGCGGAGCGGAGCGCAGCGGCUCUGCUCGCCGGGCGGAUGCAGGACCAUGGAGGAGAGAGACAGGUCGCCAGCAGUCUGCCCCACAGCGUCAAGGCGAGCCUGUCGCUUUCUCCAUCGGGGCCGGGAAGGGCAGGCAGUGGCGGUGGGGGCUCCCCCACGGCCAAGAUGGACUACUGCGGAGGGGUGCCAGUGGAGGACAUGCAGGCCCUGGCCAUCACGUCUCUGUCGGCAUCAGACGUGGCCAAACAGUACGAGCACAUCCGGGAGCUGGGGAAGGGCACGUACGGCAAGGUGGACCUGGUGGCGCACCAAACCCAGGGCACCAAAAUGGCGCUAAAGUUUGUUACCAAGAACAAGACGAAGCUGAAGAGUUUCCUACGGGAGUACAGUCUAACAGGCUCACUUAGCUGCAGCCCUUUCAUCAUCAAAGUCCUGGACGUGCUGUUCGAGACGGAGGACAGCUACGUGUUUGGACAAGAAUAUGCCCCCGCUGGGGACCUCUUCGAUAUCAUCCCCCCACAGGUGGGUCUGCCAGAGGAAAUGGUCAAACGCUGCAUGCAACAACUGGGCUUGGCUCUGGACUUUAUGCACAGCAAAAACCUGGUGCAUCGGGACGUCAAGCCUGAGAAUGUGCUUUUGUUUGACCGAGAGUGCCGCCGCAUCAAGCUGGCAGACUUUGGCAUGACACGGCGGGUGGGCUGCCGUGUCAAACGGGUGAGCGGCACCAUCCCGUACACCGCACCAGAGGUGUGCCGUGCCAGUCGUUCUGAGGGAUUCCUCGUGACCACCAGUCUGGAUGUGUGGGCGUUCGGCGUGCUGGUGUUUUGUAUGCUGACGGGCAAUUUCCCCUGGGAGGCAGCUCUGCCGUCCGACGCCUUUUACGAGGAGUUUCGGCGCUGGCAGAAAGCAGGGUGUCCCGUGGGAACGUACCCGUCUCAGUGGCGCCGCUUCACUGAUGAUGCCUUGCGCAUGUUUCAAAGGCUGCUCGCCUCCGAGCCGGAAAAACGCUGCGGAGUCAAGGACGUCUUCUGCUUUGUCAAGUACGAGCUGGUAAGCGAGCUCAGGCGCAGAGCUUCUUGCCGGGCCAAGAGAAGCGAGAGGUCAAGCACGGGAACGUGCACUGGCAGUUGCACUUCCUCCUCUACCUCCUCUUCAUCACGUUCCUCCCACCGACACCCUGAGCCCUCCACCCCUCCCGGAACAUCCUGCCUGCGCCCAGCCCCUCUCAAACGCAGCGUUCUGUCUGACCCGCUGUCUCCCAGAGAGGAGCCCGGACAGCACCAGUCACCAGGCCGAGACAAGAACAAAAGCCAGAUGGUGAUGGCGACUGCCAUCGAAAUCUGCGUGUGACCACACUCAUGUUAGCGCUGGGGACGAGAUGGCUCGUCACGUAAUGACAAACUGUGAAGAGGUGUUAAUGACUCCUCCAGAGACUCCGGUGAAAAAGGAGAUGUACUCUAACCAUGGAAGAUUAGCUCAGGAUCACAUCCACUGCUGUGCAUAUGGACAUCAUCAAUCAGUGCUACACACUCUGACAGCUUUUCACCGGCACGCGCCGCUUCGGUUUUCAUUAGCGACCAAAGACUGCUUCUCACGCUGAAGAGCCAUACAGGCAGCGUACAGGCAGGCAGCGUACAGGCAGGCAGCGUACAGGCAGGCAGCAUACAGGCAGUCCGCUGAUGAUGCUCCUCUCUGCAGCUCAUUGUCUCGUCCACACAUUUGUGUUUUCUGCCCAUUCGCAGUGGUGGUGCUACUGAUUCUACAGUUAGAUAUUUGUCAUUUUUCACUCAUCAGUCCCUGUCUCUUUACUUUAGAGUUGACUUAUCUCCGAAUAUUAGCUCCAGGGAGGCCAAAGUGUCAUCUGAUGAUGCUGUUCACUCGGAGGCCGGUGAUCUGAGGGCAAUCCUCGCUACCACAUGCGUCUGCAAUUCCUCAGACUUCCUGCCAAUGCAUAUAUUCUGUUAAAGACAAAAAGAUAGUUAAAUGUAGCAGUUUGUAUGAGACGUCUUUUCAUGUAGGUGUCUAGACUGAGAUACAGACAUCAUCACCUCAGGACUGUUCUGUGGGUCACUUCCUUUUUCUUUUUUUUAUUAAUGAAAAUCCAUUGACUGGCUGGAAGACACAUCUGCCCCUUGUGAACUGGUCCAAAUGAGAUUCACUUCCAAUGGAACACAGUAGUAUACAGGGAUUGUACAUUAUCUGACUGAAAAGGGUGAUGGAGCGAAGAUUAUUGUUUCUUUUCUACCUGCUGUGUGUGUUUGGACAAGUGUGUGUGUGUUGCAAACGCUAAAGCACAAGAUUUUUGUAUAGGACACGAACCCUUAGAGAAAACUACGACUCUUUAUUGUAAAUAAUUGAAUAUUUCUAGGAGUGCACCGUAUCAUCAGGUAGUUCAACAAUGUAGCUAUUCUAAUUUUCUACAACGAAGAAAUGGAUUGUAGGGGGUUUACAUUAACUGUCGGGGCAGCGCACUGUAUGUAGCAGCAAAAUAUGACAGAAUGUACAGUUUAUCACAAGAAGUCAAAUAUACAGAUAUAUGAUCGAAAGCCUAUCACAGAUUAUUACACGGUAGCAGCUGCUGUUCUCUUUCUGUUUUCGCGGCCGAGACAUAUAAAGACAUCACUCAUUUCCUUUUCCUGUCCUUACCUUAGCAUAGGCGACAUCCAUUUUCUGUACACAAUUAUUGUGCGUCUUUGUUGCCGGUGAGUUCGGCCCAUUUUGUCUUUAUUCGCGGAGUCAAAGCAAGUCGACAGCAUACAAAUUAUUUUCCCAGUACCACAAAAGAUGCUCCAAUAUUUGAUUAUCUAGAUGCAACAUUAAAAACACAAUUCCCCGACUGCACGGAAUACGUUGUUACACCCCCCCCCCCCGUCCUCAGAUUGAAUUGAGUCUUCCUGCCUCUCUCUGGGAACCCCUCCAAACGAGCCAGUGGAAUAGCAGAGCCCAGGUGUUUUUGGUCUGGACGGAUGACCUCUGUGUCGGCCAUGGCGGCUCUGCUAACGGUUGACUGAUCCUGACCGGUGCACCGCUCCGGCUUCUGUUUCCAACAAGAUACUGCCAAUUAUCAAAGCAUCCAAAAAGCUAGGUAUGCUCAGUGUGAAUGGUUCAGUGCAUGCCCAUUACCAUUCGUUUUCUUGCUCGAAUUUCCUAACUGUUAUGUUUGUCAGGUGUGUGUGUGUGUGUAUGUGUGUGUGUGCUUUUUCUCACUUCUAAUUUCUCCACUCUUCCCCUGACAUCCCAUCAGCACUGUCGCUAUAGUGACAGUGCCACCAAUGCUCCUCUGGUUCAGCUUCUGUCCUCUUCUUGAACAUAGAGUCUAAUUGAACCCAGUUCAAACCUCCCCCCCUUCCCCCCUCCCCGUCAUCCGUGGUUCCUCAUGACAGCAGCUGGGCUUAUUAUAGUGGAUGACACAUACCUGCAGAAACACAUUCUCCUGUAUUCUGUGAGUUCACAAACCAAGGUCUUUAUCCACGUCGUUAAAAGUCUAUAUAAUUUUCUUUGUCUUUUUCAAGCUCUGCAAAGGUGAUCUAAUAAACUUACUGUGUGUUCAGAGGUAAUGGGUCCGUAGAUUGUAGUGGGAUGUCAAUCAUUCCAAAAGGACCUUCAUAUAUUACGUGCAAAAAGUCAAGUUUCACAGAAUAAGGCCAUGAAAUAUAACAUUGCAAAGCAUACAUCAUAUAACAUAAUGUGAUGCAUCAUGGGACAAAGUAUUAUGACGGGAGACAAAGAAACAUAAACCAUCAUAACAUGACGCAGCAUAAGAUGAUCGAUCUCAAUAUGACAAGUCAUAUAUAUGACACCUAAUGAGAUGACAAAUCAUAACAUCAUGCAGCACAACAGGACACAUUAUAACAUCAUGCAUUAUAACAACAAGCAUCAUAACAAGAAGCAUCGUAACAUGACGCAUUAUAAAAUUAAGUAUCAUAACACGACGCUUCAUAACAUCACCCAUCGCAAUAUGAUGCAUCAGAACAUGGUAACGUUGCAUGAGGAAAGACAACAUAACUUUUGUAUAAGUGCAAACCCCAACUUGUCAAGUUCCACGGUAUCAGGAUGGGAGCUGAGGCUUUGUUAUACAUCAUAGCAUCAUAAUUAGACUGCUAGCAAUGUUCACUGUUGUUUUUCCUGGACCGUCAUAACAGCAAUCGUCAAAUUUAAUGAGCUGUCAAUUUAUAUUCUAGAGAGUAGCCUUCCUUUUAUCCUGUCUAUCCUGAUCAAAGAUCAAACUGUUUUUCUGCCAGCAAGUGAUGUUGUAGAAUCUAAUGUAAAUACUGUACGUAUUGUGUCUCUAACAAAAUGGAAAAUUAGAAUAAAUGAAAUGUUAAUAUAUGUUGAAAU